UCAUGUGACGGUAAUAUAGUACAACUACUCUGCCUCGCUGCUAAUCAGUCUGAACGGUUCUGGUAGGCAAGUCUCAAGGACAAACCAUGCAUUCGAGAUAGAGAUUCCCCAACAAAUGCAAAGGAAAUACAAUGCAUUGGGAUAAAAUAAGGGAUUUGUAAAUGCUUUAUUGAAUAAAGAUAUAUCCUGGCUGGAAACCUUGGAAUUAAAGUAUUUUCCUACCGAAGCAUUCUUCUUUUUUAUCCUGAGAGAGAACAACAGGUGUUUCUCAAUAUUUUUUCUGCGAAGCGUGACCUUGCUGUGGUGACCCCUUCUGGGGUUUAUUUGUUGACAGUUUCACGACAACAAGAGGAAUAACCCUAACAAACUGUAAUAUCAGUAAGACAAUUUUCAACACAAAGUGGAGUGACAUUCUCUUGGCCCAUAGCCAGGAAUGGUGGAUAACUUCCUAGUGAGCGGCGAGGAGACUUUCUUAACUUACGAUAGCGCCCCUUCGGUGUAUCACCUGUCUGACAUGGUGACGGAUGCAGGGACCUACCAGGUGAUGCCCUCGCCCUUCUCCGAGGAUGACCUGAGCGAGUCGUCAAGCCCUCGCUCCUGUUCUAGCCCCGACUCCCAAGUGCUCAGCUCCAGCUAUGGCAGCAGCUCCAGCGCCGGGAGUUCAGACAGCAUCCUGGACUUCCUGCUGUCCCAGACCUCCCUAGGCGGAGCAGGGACUGCGGCGGCCAUCCCCAUGUCACUGCCCACCUCUCUGUGGGACUCUCAGAGGGAUGAGCCAUCCCACCCUCAUCCAGAGGCCUUGAAGGAGGAGAGUGUGGAUUUCUCUGUCUGGUCCUUGGUGGACAUGGAGCAGUCAUCCUUCCAGCCCACAUUGGAGGAGAUAGAGGAGUUCCUGGAGGAGAACAUGGAGGUGGUGUCAUCCAUGAAGCAGGAGGCCCGGGAGGGGGCCCUGGGGCUGGGUCUGGAGGAGAUCAUGGGGUUGGGGGUGGGACUGGAAGUGUACAGGGAGUCCUCAUCCCCAGGGCCAAGGCUGGAGCCCGAGGCCAAGCAUUCAGACCAAACUGUGUUUACCGAGAAUGCCGCCACCACCACCGAGACCAAAAUCACACCGGCCUCGCCGGCACAGGAGUCCAUAGAAGGUCUGCACGAAGACAGGUCCAAGAGUGAUUCAUUAUCCACCAGGUUUGGGACAACAGAGAGCUUUGCAAACUGUGGCAGCAGUGGGAUGCCGGUCAUCCUGCAGAUCCAGCCCAUGCAGAUCAAAAAGGAACCCAGUUCCACGGCUCGUCAUCAUCCUCCCCAAGUCGUACAGCCUCCCCCUCAGCCGGCAUCAGACAUCAAAAUUGCCCAGCUGCUGGUCAACAUCCAGGGGCAGACCUUUGCCCUGGUUCCCCAGCUGCUGCCCUCCACCAGCCUUAAUGUCUCCUCCAAGUUUGUGCGCAUCGCUCCAGUGCCCAUUGCAGCCAAGCCCCUGGGCCUCGGGGAGGUGCUGGUUGGGCUCCAGGGCCAAGGGCUCCAUGUGGGGGGUCAGCAGUUUCAGAAGAACCCCGUGGCGGACCUCAUCAAAAUGCACAAAUGCACUUUCCCCAGCUGUACCAAGAUGUACACCAAGAGCAGCCACCUGAAAGCUCACCUCCGGAGACACACAGGGGAGAAGCCCUUUGCCUGCACCUGGCCAGGCUGUGGAUGGAGGUUCUCGAGGUCAGAUGAGCUGUCGCGACACCGGCGGUCGCACUCAGGGAUCAAGCCCUACCAGUGUCCAGUGUGUGAGAAGAAAUUUGCCCGCAGUGACCAUCUGUCAAAACACAUCAAAGUCCACCGCUUUCCGCGAAGCCGGACACUGCGCACAACAAACUGACCACACCCGGAUGACUCUUCAAUGGACACAGUCCAAAGGAGCACAGAAUGUGUGUCUGUGAGAUGGAAUUUGUGUUAAUGUGCUUGUGUGAGAGUGUGGUAUGACUUACGGGGGGAGAGAGAGAAAAAGAGCCAGAGAGAGAAAGAGCUAGAAAAAGAGGGGUCGAGAGAGCGCGAGCACGAGCACGAGAGAGCGAUGGCGAUGGAAGAUUUAUGUGUGUGCCUUGCCUUUUAGAGAGAUCUAUAACAGUGGUCUUGUGCUAUAAUUUAUUGUUGAAAGCAAAAGCAAAACCAACACGACACUUACCAUCUUCUCAGUAAUCAACGUUUCUUGAGAUUCUUAUUGCUGUUGGUAUUUCGUACUCUUUUUAUUUGUUUUUCUGUUCAGUCUUUAUCUUCUUUACAAUGAAAGAUUGUUUUCAUUUGAGAUGAAAUGUAUUAAUUGCUUCAGUAAUAGCCUUGCGUUUCUAUUUUACCUGGAUAUAACUGCCUUUUACCUUGUUAAGAAGUGCCAAUGUCUUUGACAUUCCUCAUCCAAGUCAGGUUGAAGUUUGCCUGGAAAUGUUCUCCUUGUUUUUUGCCUUGUCACUCAUAGCUCUUUGAGGGUAAAGAAUAGCUUACUCAUUCAUCACACUGUUGGUUCAAAGGGAGUGGCAGAGCGUAUUGGCAAUUCUGUACAUAAACUACUGAUAACAAAUAUGAACAUGUCGCUAUAAGCUACUGGGACUCUUCUCAAGUUCCAGAAAAACUUCCCCGGCUCAGAUUCUGAGACAAGGCGGAUGAAAGUAAAAGAACGGAACAAAGAAAGAAUUGCGCACAUUUAUGAUUGUUGAUUGUUUUAUGUGUAAAAAAAAAGCCUUCCAAUCAGUGUUAGAUUUUGUAUUCAGCUUUUUAUUCUAAACUCAUGUUGUGUAUUUGUUGGUCUUUUUCGUGUCAGUGGCUCAAGCCGUUCGUAAGACACUUGUCUGGCCUUAACCCACCACAGCAUCCUUACUAGGAAGGCAAAAUGGUCAAAUAACAAGUGACUCAUUGCAGGCGUGUUUUAUGGAUUAAUGGUGGUAUGGUUUGAGAGAAUGAGGAAGGAGAAUUGGAAAUGCAUAAUCCUUUAAUCCUGUACAUGGAAUUGAAUCUCAAUUAGCUUUUUCUCUCCUUUUUGCUGUUGACACAAAAUCUGCCUCAAAUCAGCUCCACAAACUGAUCUGUUACUGGAAUACCCCAGAAGCUCUUGCCCUCACACGGUUAUGUUGGAGUGAGGUUAUCAUGUAUGUGGAUACCACUACACCACGGUGCUGAACAACCAGAAGAACUGCCUUCUGGAAGCUGUUGUCAUAACACACUUAUUAGGCCAUGGCACAGUUGUCAUUAUUCUUGAUGUCCUGUUUGCUCUUGAGACUUGUUUGUUAAGUACGCCACGCCCUGUUGUGAAAGUACGGUGUGUGAGACACCAUUCAUGCAUAGAUAAUGUAAUGUUCGCAGAUGAAAAAGCAGGGGUACAUUAUAUUGUACAUAAUUCCUUUCAUUCAAUUUUUGAAUUUUUAAUGCUUGUUUAAACACAGGUGUUUUAUCGCAUCCUAUGAAUGCAUGUGAAUAUGCAGGAGUGUACAUAGCUACACAGAAGUCUAUUGUAAUAACAUAUCUUAAGGCCAAGAUUCAGGACUCUAUUCAAUCUGUAAAGCUGAAGCGUCAUGUCUGAUUGAGCUGACAUAUGCAGUGUUUACCGUGAAUCCAGUCUCCGCUAAACAGGAACCUUGCCUUGAAAUUAAAUCACUCUGUAAAGCUGAACUUCUGCGAUGGGGAUUGAAUAGAGCCCUCAAUCAGAUCAAGCGUUAAUCGGCGAUAGCCGACACCUGCAUAGCUGAUGUUUUGGCGUUGUCUGAACUGGGUUGGAGCGCUCAAAUCGUUGAGCAGCUGCUCUUGUUUUCUUUUUCAUGAAGCCACACCCAUCCCACUUGCAUUAGAAGUUCAGAACGAGAAAGUCUAGGCUAUAUAGAAAUAAUGAUGCUCAUUGAAAAUCAUUCAACAGAAUAUUAAGGAUUUUUAUCAGCCUAAUAGAGGUGUAGAUUCCAUUUCGCAUUCCAGUGUUCCAACUUGUAAACAAGGCUGCAUGGGAUUUCUCUUAAUGCGACUUUGCAGCCAAUGGCAAUGUCCCCUUUAGGUAUAAUGCCGGGAGCCACUUGUGGAUUUGACAGCUCCAACACAGUUCCACCUCGGACACCGUCAAAACAUCAGCUAUGUGGAUGGCAGCUAAUCCGGAUCUGAUUGAAUCGGACCCUUAGUUUGUGGUUGUGUAGAUUUCUAGUAUACGCCCUAAAUGUGUACAUAACAAAACAUUUCAAAACAUCAAUAUAUUAUAUAUUUUUUCUUUGUUCUACCCAAGAUGCAUUUACAAAUAAAAUUUUAAGAAGCGA